UGCACAGAAGGCCUUGCAAAUACCGGGUGCGGGUAAGAGCGAUUCUCUACGUUUUAAUCUUAAACAGCGACUGAGGGACGAUUCCUGUCAAAUCCGGACACCAUUACCCGCAAUCCCGGGACAGUCCUGUUCUCUUCCCUCUCUCUCAGCCCCACGAUCCGUACACACGCCCCGGGGAGCUUCCGGCUGAUGAGGGAAUGGGAGCCGAUGGAUCUCUCAGACAGAGCUGAGCUCCAGCUAUCUAAAUGCAAGGAUUAGGAACUCGGAGAAAGGGAACAAAAUCUUUUACAUCACCAGUUGAGAAAAUCACCUUUGUUCUAUCUCCGAUUACAAACAAGAGAACAUCUGCAGAUGCUGGAAAUCCAAGCAACACAAAUUGCUGGAUGAACUCAGCUUUAGUACACUUUUCCAUAGAUGCUGCCUGGCCUGCCGAGUUCCUCCAGCUUUUUGUGUGUGUUCUUGUUCUGGACUUUUCUACCGGUGAGGACAUGUUUUGUCCCAUUCUCUCUGGGUACAUAAUGAUAUCAAACACCUUUGUCCUGGACAACAAGUAAAUUUCACAUCACAAAUGUGCUGGACUCCAAUGAGACAGACUACUGCCCUUCACUUCAUAUUCAUUGGCAUUGUCAUCACGGUUGAAAACGACAAGGAAUUUGUCUAUGGGAAUUCAAACACAACACACCAGUUGUGCUGUCUCUGUCUAAAUAUUUAAGGAACAAGGGAUUCAAUCAACCAUUUUUCCUGUUCAGACCGUGGGGAGGGAUUCACUCGGUCAUCUGACCAACUAGCAAACCCGUCAUUUUAAAAAAGGGGAAAGGCUGUUCACCUGCUCAGACAGUGGGAAUGGAUUGACUCAGUCAUCUCAACUGAAGGUACUUCAGAAGGUUCACACUGGGCAGAGGCUGGUCAUCUGCUGACGUUGUGGGGAAGGAUUCACUCGGUCAUGUAGUCUAAUGGCUCACCAGCGAGUUCACACCAGGGAGCGGCCGUUCACGUGCUCAGACUGUGGGAAGGGAUUCACUCGGUCAUCUCACCUAAUGAGACACCAGACAGUUCAUACUGGGGAGCGACCGUUCACCUGCUCAGAAUGUGGGAAAGGAUUCACUCAGUCAUCUGAACUACUGGCACACCAGUCAGUUCACACUGGGGAGAGGCCGUUUAACUGCUCCGAAUGUGGGAAGGGAUUCACUCGAUCAUCUCACCUACUGGCACACCAGCGAGUUCACACUGGAGAGAGGCCGUUCACCUGCGCAGACUGUGGGAAGGGAUUCUCUUGUUCAUCUGAUCUCCAAAAACACCAGCGAGUUCACAGUGGGGAGAGGCUGUUCACCUGCUCAGACUGUGGGAAGGGAUUCACUCAGUCAUCUGAUAUGCUGGCACACCAGCGAUUUCACACUGGGGAGAGGCCAUUCAUUUGCUCAAACUGUGGGAAGGGAUUCACUCAGUUAUCCACCCUACAGAGACACCAGUCAGUUGACACUGGGGAGUGGCCAUUCAUCUGCUCAGAAUGUGGGAAAGGAUUCACUCAGUCAUCCCAAAUCCUGGCACAUCGGUCAGUUCACACAGGGGAGAGGCCGUUCACCUGCGGUGAAUGUGGGAAGGGAUUCACUCAGUUAUCCAAACUACUGGCACAUCGGUCAGUUCACACAGGGGAGAGGCCGUUCACCUGCGGUGAAUGUGGGAAGGGAUUCACUCAGUUAUCUCAUCUACAGAGACACCAGCGAUUUCACACUGGGUAGAGGCCAUUCACCUGCUCAGACUUUGGGAAGAGAUUCUCUCAGUUAUCUCCACCAAAUGUGCGUCAUUGACUUCACACUGUGGAGUGGCCAUUCACCUGCUGUGAAUGUGGGGAAGGAUUCACUCAGUAAUCAAACCUUCUGACACACUACUGGGUUCACACUGGGGAGAAAGUUUCAAUAAGCUGAAUGCUGGAUAUUUGUCCAUCACCGUUGCUGAAUGCAAUGUCAAGAGUGACUGUUGGUGCUGAACUCUGCAAUUAUUGCUGCUGCUCACCACACCCAGUUCUGCACCCUGGUCACUGGGCAUGGGAGGAGUUCCUCCUGCUGCAUAUUCACCUUUAAUGGGACUGGAGUUUAAUUCUCUGAAUC